UAGAUAGUAGUUCAUUGAGUUCAUUCUAGUUUUCCGUUCAUUCGAGUUCAUUUUGUUGAAUGAUAAUGAUGUGAUACAUUGUCAGAGUUGUCAGAUUCGACUCGUGGAUUCCAGUCCAGUGUCGAUCAUUGCCAUCUCUGUAUAUUGCAUAUCAAAUCUUUGGUCAAAAACUGGAGUAAAUUCGCAUAUGAUUAUACGAAUAAAGUUAUAUUACCUUUUGCAUUACUUCGUCGUUAUUUUUAUACAACAAUGCGCAAUAUUGAGAUAAAAGCAAAAAUCGACGAUCCAGAGCUUAUAAUUUCUCGAACAAAGGAAUUAACUGAUGCUGAGUGCAUUAUUAUUAAACAACAUGACACAUUUUUUAAAGCAAAAGAUGGAAGAUUAAAAUUACGACUGUUUGAAAAUGGUUCAGGGGAAUUAAUUUACUAUAAAAGAUUCAAUACAUUGGGUCCAAAACUUUGCAUUUAUGAGAAGACCUUUUUGGAUGCCAAUGCCUGUACUGGAAUUAUAAACAUUUUAACUCUGUCCAAUGGUAGAAUAGGUGAUGUGAAAAAGACUAGAAAAUUGUAUAUGAUUGGGCAGACUCGUGUGCAUAUCGAUGAAGUCGAAGGUUUAGGAAAUUUUAUGGAGCUGGAGGUAGUUCUAACCGACGAACAGGAUAUGGAAACUGGAGAGAAGAUUGCCCAAGAUUUAAUGACCAAGUUAAAUAUAAAAGAUCAAGAUUUGAUAGCAGAAGCUUAUAUAGACUUACUUAAUAAAUCUACCAUUUAAUUGUAAUACA